UUCCCAAUCUGGUAUUACAUCGCAUCUCCUUUUCCUGCACUAAAGACAUCAUAAAAUUCUCGCCAGAAUCUACGCCCAGGUGCCGGAAAUGGGCGGAGGGGAGUCGUCGUACGAGGAAGCCAUUGCAGGGCUGAGCAAGCUUCUCAGGAAUAACCAUGAACUGGUGGGCGUCGCCGCCGCAAAGAUCAACCAGCUGACGGCGGAGCUGGGAGGUGCACUCGAUGAGGAUUCUUCCGAACCGGCUGCUGAAAGAAUCCGGGCCGGGUUCGCUCUCUUUAAGAAAGAGAAAUACGAGAAAAACCCAGAGUUGUUCGGGCAGCUUGCUAAAGGUCAAAGCCCCAAGUUUAUGGUGUUUGCCUGUUGUGAUUCAAGAGUUUGCCCAUCUCACGUUUUGGAUUUUCAACCCGGAGAGGCAUUCAUGAUCCGCAACAUUGCGAACAUGGUCCCACCUUUUGACCCGGCAAAAUAUUCCGGAGUUGGGGCGGCCAUAGAAUAUGCUGUAUUGCACCUGAAGGUGGAGAAUAUUUUAGUGAUGGGACAUAGCUGUUGCGGGGGAAUAAGAGGUCUCAUGUCCCUUCCAGAGGACGGGGUCACUAAGAGUGCUUUCAUCGAGGAUUGGGUUAAAAUCGGAUUGAAUGCGAAGACGAAGGUGAAAUCUGAAUGCAACGAUCUCGACCUCGAUGCCCAAUGCAACAUGUUGGAGAAGGAAGUUGUGAAUGUGUCAUUGGGGAAUUUACUAACAUACCCUUUUGUGAGAGAAGCUGUGGCAAAGAAAGCACUUUCCCUCAAAGGAGGACACUAUGAUUUUGUGAAUGGAUCUUUUGAGCUAUGGAACCUUGACUUCAACCUUACCCCUUCUCUAAAGGUUUAAGCUUUUGGGUUUUAGCCACUUUGCCUCAAGUUUUUCUCCGCAGGCACUUGUGUAAAAGUCACACACAAAGAAUGCUAGCUAAAGGCUACACUGUUACAAUACAAUAUGGACAUAGCAUAUAAUCUUCACAAGUUUAUUAUGAAUAAGCAAAUUACAUACACGACAUUGUCUUUAGACCCUACUCUUGCAUAGAAUAUAUUGGUGUUUUUCGAAUUUUCGCAAGAUAUUACCAUGCUGGCACUGGUACUAUGACAUUUUGUGAGAUGUUUGGACAGAUUUUCAAUUGUUUAGUUUUGUUUGUUGUACAAUUUGUAUAUCAUACUUCCUCAAUUCCAUUAUUUGUCUCCUUUUUUAUCAUUUA